GGAGCCGAGCGCGCACUUUGGCACGCGCUUUGGCGCGCGCUUUAAGGAGAUAGAGACAGAAGGACAAGAGGAGACACAGAGGGACAGGAGGAGACACAGAGGGACAGGAGGAGACGCAGAGGGACAGGAGGAGACGCAGAGGGACAGGAGGAGACGCAGAGGGACAGGAGGAGACACAGAGGGACAGGAGGAGACGCAGAGGGACAGGAGGAGACACAGAGGGACAGGAGGAGACACAGAGGGACAGGAGGAGACAUGUCGGCCGCGCACGGGCUCCUUAACAGCGUGUUCUCUUGCUCUUCACCUGCGUCCAAAGCCAUCGCCAAACGGAGACUGCGCCAGACGCGCAGUUUAGAUCCCGCGAUAAUCCGCCACUGCGGGACAGACGCCUCUGGGACAUGUCCCGGCGCGGACACAGGUGCGCCUCUGUCCAGACCCUCUUCACGCAGCAGGACCCUGAAGGAGCCCAUGUCUCCGUCCCUGUCCACGCCCUCGAUUCCUCUGGAUAUUUCUCCUUCGUCCAAUUUCCACUUUGACUUUGACUCAGUGACGCGCGUCAAGCGCAGCACCGCGGGGGACCUGCCGUAUCUGGUGAGGGGCCCCGGGGCCGCGCCCUCCCCCAGCCCCGGGACACUCUUCUCUCCGCGGAGGUGGCUCCAGAAGAGACCGGCCCCGUCCUGCUCCCACGCGUUCGUGGUUUGGAAAUCUGAGGGCGACUUCACGUGGAGCAGCCUGUCGGGCCGGAGCGUUCGCCUGGCGCCCGUCUGCAUCCAGAGCCUCUCCGAGCUGGAACGAACCCGACUCCAGGAAGUAGCGUACACGCGUCUGCACCAAGACUACGACCUGGGCUGCCAAAUCACGAUGCCAAAAGACGGACAGAAGAGGAAGAAGUCUCUGAGGAGGAAACUGGACUCUCUCGCCAAAGAAAAGAGCCGAGAUAAAGAGUGCAACCCCCAGGCGUUCAGUAUCCCACUGUCCCAGGUCAUCGCCAACGACCGGACGCACAGACAGAGACAGGACGGGUCACGGCCAAACCACUCCCCCCGAGAGGACCACAAGGACUCCUCCGACCUCGUCUCCUCCAUCAUACAGUUUGCCACUAAACGUCCGUCCAACAAGGAGCUGUCGUCCAGCAACUCUUCCCUGAGCUCCACGUCCGAAACCGCCAACGAGUCGACGUCGCCCAACACCCCCGAGGCCGCGCCCAAAGCUCGCCGAAGGGGCGGCAUGUCGGUCGACUCCAUCACCGACUUGGACGACAACCAAUCCCGACUUUUGGAAGCGCUGCAACUGUCGCUUCCCGCCGAAACGCAGAACAAGAAGGAGAAACAGCGAGACAAACGGCUGAGUCUGAACCCCAUCUACAGACAGGUGCCGCGGGUGGUGGACAGCUGCUGCCAGCACUUAGAGAAAUAUGGUAAGAAUCCGCAAUGCGCCGGCGACGGGGCGAUCUGCGCGAGCCUUUGUUACUACGGCAACAGGUGCUGGAGGCGCCCGCUGCUCUUUGAGUGUGACGACGGUGAAUGUGUGAUGUGUUGUGCCCACGCAGGGCUGCAGACCGUCGGGAUCUUCAGGGUGGGCAGCUCCAAGAAACGAGUACGGCAGCUACGCGAGGAGUUCGAUCGCGGCGUCGACGUGCAGCUCGACGAAGACCACAGUGUCCACGACGUCGCGGCUCUUCUGAAGGAGUUUUUGAGGGACCUGCCUGAUCCGUUACUGACAAAAGAACUUUACACGGCGUUUAUUAGCACCACAUUAUUGGAGCCAGAUGAGCAGCAGAACGUGACCCAGCUCCUGAUCUACCUUCUCCCAGCAUGCAACAGUGACACGCUGCAUCGUCUGCUGGAGUUCCUGUUCACGGUGGCUGACCACGCCCACGACCAGCAGGGCAAAGACGGACAGGAGGUCACAGGAAACAAGAUGACGUCGCUGAACCUCGCCACCAUCUUUGGCCCCAACCUCCUGCACAAACUGAAGAACUCGGACAAAGAGUUCAGCGUGCAGAGCUCCGCCCGCGCCGAGGAGAGCGCCGCCGUCAUCGCCGUUUUGGAGAAGAUGAUCGCCAGCUACCAGAGCCUGUUCAUGGUUCCUCCUGAUCUGCAGAAUGAAGUGUUGAUGAGUUUGUUGGAGACAGAUCCAGACGUGGUGGACUAUCUUCUGCGGAGGAAAGCGUCGCAAAGUUCAGACUUACACCAGCCGGAAGAACCUUUCACCCUGAGCGAGCGCCGAUCGUCCAGCGACUCCAACAAAGCGUCGAGCGGCGAGGUGUCUCCGUACGACAACAACUCCCCCGUCCUGAGCGAGCGCCGGGAGGGAGGCAGCCCCGGGAACGAGGCCCUGUUCAGGAUCCCAGAGCAGCUGCCGGGACAAGGACACAACUGGAACAAGGAGAAAGAGACGAUAUCGGAGGAGCACGCAAACAUCUGGGGAACGUGGCACUCGACACUGAAGCCAGCGCUAAAAGAGCAGUCGUACACAGGUUCCCAUGGCAACGUGUCCGAGGGCAGUUCCCGCAGCUCGCAGGAGGGACUCGACGGGCUCCACGGCGACGGCAGACAGCACCCGCCCUCCCCCGCCGCCCCCACCACCGCCCCCAGACCCCACCUGCCCGUGUCCAGAGUGUGCGGAGGAGGAGCGGGCCGACCGCGCCUGUCCGCCAACGCCAACAGCCAAGUGGGACGCGGCCCGGCGAGUCCGCAACAGGCCGGCGGGCACCCGGGCACGAACCCCGCCUCCAGACUGCAAAGAGGUGUGCACGUGAACGACGGGGAAUCGCCCCCGCCCUACAAUGCUCACCAUCGAUUGGCUAGUUCUGUGAGCUCGCCGCAGUUAGCCACGCCCCCGAGACCGCCCCCGUCUCCUCUGCAGAAUAACUCGAGCGCGGACGGCCAACUGGCGCCGCAAAGCCCGGAGUGGCAGGACUGGCAGAGGGACCGGUGGCAAAUCUGGCAACUUUUAUCCUCAGAGAACGCGGACACACUCCCCGAGACGUUAGUGUGAGAUCCAGAACAUUCCGAUGGAGCGUCACAGUUUGGACUCGCCCGUCGCUUCUCGUGGCGCCGUGUUUGUUCGUCGUCGGUGCCAUGUUUGUUUUCGGUGCCAUGUUUGUUGUUUACUCGUGCAGCUGCUGCCUUGAUGAACUCUGACAUCACGAGAGCCACUCCACAUCCACGUAGAAAAAUGGAUGUGAAAACAUUUUUUGUUUUUUGUUAUUUUUGUUCCGAUCAUGUUUGGGAGACGAGAGCUUCGAGCGAACGCCCACCUCAAAUACCUCAACAGACACUCGACGCUCUCUCUGCCGCGUCAACGCCACCUUUUUUUAAACAACACAACAAUCAAACAACAUUAUGACCACUUUUACACCGCCUGCGAAUACGUAAAGACACAUUACGUCACUUUUCUGGUCUUUUUCUCCAUAAUAUGUUGUUUUUUUCUUUGUAAUUCUCCACAGUAUUUACAGAAUUGCAAUGUUUUUAUGAGUAAAUUGCAAUGUUUUUAUGAGUAAAAUCACGCCGAGAGAGGUACUUAACAUCAUACUGUGGAAUAUUCAAGGAAACGUCAUAAAAUCUCCAUGGAGACGCCACCAGAAAAGUUACCUGGAGAUGUGGAGAUGCUCUAAGUCACAUUUCAGCUUUGACAAAAUGGGUUCUCGCUCAUUUUUGUUUGUGUAGGUUUGAGCUGUGUGUGGGUGGUCAUAAUGUUAUGGCUGAUGUGGAUAUGGACAUAGUGUUUGCUGCUACUGUACAGUGUACGCACGUAUUCAGUAAUGUCCAAAGUACUGACUUUUGAGACUUAUAUGAACAGUAUAUAUAUGUGUAAAUAGUAAAUACAAGUCUCCGUUUUGCCUAAACACGAGCCCUUUACGAUGUGUCUGUGAAUGUAAAACCACAAACUGCUCCACUUUAAUGCACUAGCGCCAUGGUUCUCAAACGGCUCUUCUGGCGGCCCACUUUACCCAAUGGGCCACCUCUGGUCACGCCUCUGGUCACCUUUUUGACCCGACGCGCUUAUAAACAAGAUACGGGUUUGUAUAAAUAAUCCAACAUUAACAUUUUUGUAUAUAAUUUUAUUUUUUUGCACAUUUAAGUCGCUCUCGUGCCGUUUGACGUCUCCAUUGCGAGUGUGUUUAGACCAGGGGUGUCCAAACUACGGCCCCGGGGCCAAACGCGGCCCUCGGAUAAAUUAUUUUUGGCCCUCGUGCCUCCUCCUAAACCGGCCCAAUUGAUCAGGAAGUAUUUUUUACUACAAAUUAAAGAGUUUCUACCUCUAUAACCUGAGAAACGUCGCAUUGUAUUGUGACGCAGACCUAAAAAUAAUCUUCCAAGUCGUGCUAAAGCUAAAAUGUCGCCGUCAAACUUGUGUUAAAUGCACCGUUUGACUCCCUCCGCUUCAAAUAUGUUUCUGUAUGCGGCUGAAAAAAAGCUCUACACGAUCCUGGGGUUUUUAUUUCACUUUUGUGUCUGUAAAUCAAGAUCUGAACAUUAAAAACAGACAAAUCAGGUCCUUCUUUCCCCGAGGUCGCUCCUGUUAGCGUUAGCAACAGGUUUGAUUGACAGCGUUGCUAAGCAGAGCGUGACAUCACACUUCUUUUAACAGUCUAUGCUCCUCGGUUUGGCGUUUUCUGACCUCUCCCGUCUCCUCGUUUCACGUUUAUCUUUCCGUUUAAACACGUUUUUCCUUCAGUAGAACCUUUUAUCCUCCGUAAACUCUCCCGCGAAACCUCGUCCACCUUUGCGUCGUGACCCUGACGUUGAGAACCACAGCACUGGGCCGUCCUUUCGCUUCGCUCCUCCUGCCUUUGCCAAAGCCGUGCCAAAGCCUCCUUGUAUUUUUUUUAGAAUAUUUAUCGUUUUUAUGUCAGAUUUAAGCUCGUCACAUUUCACUGUGUCAAAAUCAUAUUGGAAUAACAGUCAGGAUUAAGUUCAUUUGUAAAAGUGAAGAUUUUAAACUAAAAACAUCUAAAUAAAUGUGAAAAUCAGACCAGACUGACCUGAAAUGUGGACGUUUGGCGUCAUCUGGUGGAAGUUUGUCGCAACAACACGAAUGAACUUUAUGAUUAAACCACUAUUUUGUACAAAAGUAUUGAUAUUUACCAACAGAACAGAGCUGGUAGGUGGCAGAGUCGUUUGCCUGCUUGCCUCUGAGUGAAAAGGUUGCAGGUUCAAUCCUCAAAACCUCCUGACUGAUUAUAUUUUAUGAUUUUGUUCCUUUUUAUUACCGUUCCACCAGCUCAUAACUGCUCCAUCUUUACUAAAAAUAUAAAAUCUCACUCCACACUCAUUCUUUUACUUCCAGAUACAAAGAUUUUGGUCUAUUUUCUACAUUUUGUGGGUAUUUGCUGGCGAAUAGUUCACACACGUAAUGAAAUCUUCGCUCAUUUUCGUUCUUUUCGUGUAAAUAGUCACGUCAAAAACCCCCGUGGCGCCUUUUGCUGUUGAAUUUGUGCGUUGCAAUUCCUCCUUUUUGUACCUUGUAAAACUUUGUAAGCUUUGUGGAUAUAAGCACCUUUUGUAAAACGUGUCAAACCUGUGUGGAAAAACGAACCAGAACGCGCCGUAGAGCGACCUCCAUCGUGAACGUGGUACUCGUAUUAUUACUAAUCUGUUUGUAUUCAAAAGGCUCCGAGUCGUGGUAUUUCUGGUCUGGUAUUGCUUUUGUACUGUGUUCUCCUCAAUAUCCCGAGAUGAUGGAAUAAAACAUGAGCAACU